AUACGGAGGAAAAAUAUUUUAAAAUGUCAUAAGAGAACAGAAAAUACCAAACGAAUGGAAGAACAGCAGAACAGAAAAAUCAGCAAUUGGAUAUUUCUAUUUCGUGUUCAUACAGCUACAUUAUUUAUACAGAAUGGGGCUAACCCGGCAGACUGAUAUCGCAACGGUUCGCCUUAUCAUUUUCAUGUUGGCUUAUUGAAGUCAUUACCUACUAAACAAGUCGAGACCUGUUAUUUGAUAAAUCAGAGUAAUGAAGACAUUAUUAUUUAAUAAAAUUAAAGAGGUCUGCGCAUUAGUGUUUUAGCUAUAUUGGUCUGGCAGGCUGUAUCAUUUCGUUCAGAAGUCCUGCAAUGUGCAGUAGUGUUUGAAAUAUGUGCAAAAUUGCGUGGGAACGUUGUAAUUCUUCCAAUUAAAUAUGAAUUAUAAUGUGAUGAAUUUGUGGUAUUCCUGUAUAUCGUCCAUUCGAUCCUCGCCUCAAAUGGAUCCUGGACAUCGACAAGAAAAGUGUUUCUGUGAAAUGGCCGACUCGUUAGAGAGCGACAGUAGUAACUCAGAACCCCAACCGGUCUCAAAGGAGAAACGAAGCAAAAUAAACCUCUUUAAUUUACGCAGGGCCAGGGCUUUGCAUUUUAAUUCCAAACGAAGUAAAAAGGCUGCUCAAACUCAGGGAUCUAGUUCUAAUAGUGUUUUUAAUCCAGUGAAAAAAUCUGCAAAAUGGAGUAUUAAAUUCAACUAUGCCGGAAGGAAAGAAUCCAAAACAGUGCCUUCCAAUCAGGACAAUCGAUCAUGCUGCAAAUGCACCUGUUUUAAAUCAUUAGAUGAAUCAGGUUCUUCUUCAAUAGUCUUGAAAGAAGAUGAAGAGAUUUCGACGCAAAAUAGUUCACUCGAUGAAGCGAGAUCAUCUGAUGAAGGGCAUUCUACAAGUUCAGCUUCCGAACAUGUUACUGAAGCCAACGACCCAGAAGAAAGUAGUCCCGAAGUACCCCAAGUUCAAAUCAUACGAACUGAAGGUGUAAGAGGCAUUUAUGGAACUACCUUGAACAGAUCUGGACCUACGUCAAAUAUCGUCAUAUCCGCACCUUUCACCGACAAUACUUGGAUGCGAAUGAUGCACGAGGAUUGCGACGAAACAGCUCGAAUCGAAAGAGCUCGAGAGAUAGAACAGGGUGUUGAUCCUCCUGCAAAUUUUAAAACAGUUAGAAGGGUGCAGUUACUCUGUUCCGAUUGUGAAUCCGAGAACACACAACUGCAAGCUCCGCCUAGGAGGUUGCAGCUUGUCUGUCCUCCCGAUUUGAACGUCGAAUCGUUGAGGGCUCUGUUCCAAAACCAUGUGCAGCUGAGAUCCUGUCCAGUAGAUUCUAUCACGGGCUGCCAUACUCAAGUGGAUUUUAUACAUUGUUUAGUACCUGAUCUACUGAGCAUUACAAACUGCAGCUUUUAUUGGGGAAAAAUGGACCGCUAUGAGGCGGAAAGGCUUUUAGAAGGCAAGAGGGAAGGCACUUUCCUUCUUCGCGACUCAGCGCAAGAAGAAUUUCUAUUCAGUGUUUCCUUCCGUAAAUACGGCCGUUCAUUGCACGCAAGAAUCGAACAAUGGAACCAUCGAUUUAGCUUCGAUUCCCACGACCCGGGAGUAUUCACCUCAGAUACAGUUUGCGGAUUAAUAGAACAUUACAAGGAUCCGAGUAGUUGCAUGUUUUUCGAACCAAUGCUUACUUGGCCCUUGCAUAGAAACUUCACAUUUUCGUUGCAACAUCUCUCUCGUGCUGUCAUCGUGAAUAAGUUGAUUUACGACAACAUAAAUCACUUGCAGCUUCCGAAAACUCUGAAGAAUUACCUCAAAGAAUACCAUUACAGGCAGAAAGUAAGAGUCGAGAGGUUUGAUGACGAUGUGCAAUGGAUAGAGUUGAGUAAUGCGCCGCCUUGACCUGGUAAUGUAGCAUAUUGCUUGCAUUUCGGAUUUACGUAGCUUUUGUAAGAUCUUAAUUACUUCAUAAGAACUUAAUUAUUGAUUAGAUUUCUUGAAUUAUUACUGAAGUUGCCUGUACACUUAGAGAAAUGUUUCGAAAUUAACUUUAAAGUAUUAUAAUUUUUUGAUUAAUUAGUGGGUUCGCCAGAUAAAUCGCGCAUUUCGGUUUUUAGCCUGAGCUCCAACAAUUAUUUCAAUUUGAUUCUUCGUGGAAUAAUGAAGUAUCUCAUACAUGGUGAGUGUUGAAAAUUGUUACAGUAUUAUCUGCAUCUGAUCGUAGUUUAACUGUUGAGCAGUUGAAUCCAAUCGAUAUUUUUAUUUACCUUAAAUCCGGUGUUUGUGCAAAUUUUUUAUUUCUCGAUCUGAAUUUUUGACGAUUUCGAGAAAAAUAUUGUUUUGACCUCCGUUUUUAGACAAAAGUUGUUUGGAUUUCUUGAUCAUGACGUAAAUGUGGAAAACGAUUGGAAUUAGUUUGCAAUCACGGGUAUAUUUUGAGCCUCUCGAAUUAGACACGCAAUACAGAUAGUGUCAUUGAAUGAAUCAUUGUUAAGGUCUUAAUUAAUUGAUUAACUCAGUUUCAAUCACUUAUGCGGAUUAAUAAAAAUCAAACUCUUACCAGUCCGAAGUAUCGUUACUCUUAGGUGACACGGUAAUUUAUCGCUACAGUCGUGGAACACAGAAACGUGUUGAAACACGCUCGUUGUAAAAUGCAAAGAAGGAAUCCAGUCUUAAGCCUCUGUCCCAUAAACGGAUGUUUAUACGAUGGUACGAUGAUACGAAAGUGUUUCUAUUGGUUGGAGAUCUGCCAAUUUGUCCGCCGUCGUGCGAAUUAUCGAACCAUCAUAUAAACGGCUUUAUCAGUGAAUAGUUGAUUAGCACAGUUUUCAAAGAAAUUCUCAAGGGAUAGACUGAAAUAUAGUCGGCGAUCGUGUCGUUUGAGUCUCCGAAUUUUUAAUUUUUACUUUAAAGAACACUUUAAAUUAAGCAGAUUUAGCGAAACCAUUCCAGGAUGGUCCAUAAAUGAAGCCAAAAAUCACUCACAAAGUUUGAGGGAAAUCACCAUUUUCAUUUCUUACUUUUGUUUUUUGUUUGUUUUAUUUAAAAAAUCAAAACAACGCAAAAUACGUAGCAACACCGCAUUGUGCUGAAUUCGCGAAGGAAACAAAUAAUCCGCCAUCUGACUGUCGACGCGCUAGAAAAGACGUUAGAAAAGAUGCUCAAAAUUUUGCGAACAACAAUUAUUAUGCGUCUUAGCGACAAUUUGUAGUGUUUGCAUGUGCAGUUAUGAAUUGGACGUAAAACACGAUUUCGUGCAUAAAUACAAUGUGGUGAUAAUAAAAAAAUUACUUCUAGCAACAUCCUAAAAUGUUUAAUUUUCAAUAAAAAAAUAUAUCAACAAAGAACAAUAAACAACUAUUUUGACAACAUACUCAGCCGGUUUCGAACUGCACCUGCACCGAAUUUACUAAAUAUUCAUGUCACAUUCGUGGAAAUUUGUUUGUAAUUUUUUAUGGUCUCCCGGUAAGUGGUUUUGGAAAAUCGAAUUGCAAAAGUUUGUAAGUGUUUUUUGGCUUAAUUUUUGGACCAUCCGGAAAUUUCUGUUGUCUGUGUUCUUUACGGUAAAGAAAGAAACAACUAAAAAUUCGGAGGGACUCAAACGACCCGAUCACCAAAAUAUGCCUUUAAAUAAUUCAAGUGAAGAAGAUACAAUAUGAUCCGAUACAAGAAUUUACGGAUGGUUACCGAGUUGUAGACAUGAUAAAUUACCACGUACUGUAACAUUUUAAUCCUCACUUUGCUUUUAAACAUUGCUGUGAAACCUCUUUAAUCCGGAUAGUUCAGUAUUGUUCGAAAAUGUCUCUAGUCACAUUUAUAUAGAACCGUUAGAGUCAAAAAUAGUAACAAAAACUAAAAGAAUUCGACUUUCAACUGGAUCAGAUUGACAAUGCCGGUGAGAGUGGUUUAUUUUGGAAGGUUGUACCAGACAAAACCUUAGCCCAUAGGCGCGAGAAGUCUGCUCCUAAUGGCAAAAUAAAUUAUUAUUUAUAUUAAAUAUAAAUGCAGAACGAAGCAACUUUACCAUGAAAUAUAUGUAUUGACGGGCGUUAGACAGAAAAAUGCCUGAUAAUUUUUUACAGUGCAAUAAAUGAGACUUGUAUAUGCAAACCUGUUUUCAUAAUCAAAUUGUUACUUUUAUUGAAAAGGUAUCUUAAUAAAAUAAAUGUAAAAGGCAGCUUAUUAAAUUUUGAGUAUCAAAACAAUCCAAGUCAAAUACCAAUCUCUUUUGCCAUUCAUGCUUUUAUUUGACCAGUUUUUCAGCAAUCCGGACAUAUCGGCAAUUCUAAUACACCCCGUGCAAUAAUUGGCCGGAUUAAAGAGGUUGUACUGUAUACAUAUGAAAAUAGUUUGAAAAUGUGUACAUAUUUUUGUGCGUUGAAAUAUUUAUGAAAACGAUAAAACACGAAUUUAUCUAAAGUAAAUUAAGUUUCAUAUUUUUAUUGUCAUUCGACUUAUUUUUACGGAUACUACAAUUUUAUUGAUCCUGUAAUUUAAAAAAAUUAGCAAAUUUGAUAAUUUAAUUAUACAUUACAUAGUUUGUCUUCGAUAGUUUCAAUUUAGGGCAUACAGUAGAUAAGUACAUAUCUUAAUUUUUAAUACUCAUAGUAUUUUUAAAUGCUUUAAAUAGAACUUUAUAUUAUAUUCUCAACACUUAAUUGUUUUCAUUGAAUAGUAAAUAUUAUAAUGCAUAUUUUGUUAACGUACGAUAUUUUUCAAUGGGAUAUUUUGUUUUGUUUUUUUUUUAUUGCAAAUAUUUAUAAUCAAAUGUAUAAGUGGGUUGAUUGGAUUUGAAAUUGACAAAACUGUUGAAUAUACAUGGAUCAUAAACGUG